UUCUGGUUGCUAUUCAUGUCAUUUUUAUCCUUUUGUACCAAGAAAUAUGGUUUAUUUUAAGUAAAGUAAAAAUAAUGCCUGAGUAUUAAAGAGAGACAUUUGUGCCGUUUAUAAAUGCUUUUUUUCUAUUUGCUUUGGAUAAGCGUAGGCCCAGUUUGUCAUCAACUGGACCAGUAGCCGGAUGGACAGAUUAGACUAGGUCAGCAUUGACUGUUAGAAGACUGGAGUGAGUCUAUUCAUGACUGUAAGCUACAUGUAGUUCACUGUAUUCCUGCACACCAAGAUGAGUCUCAACAUUGUGUUUGAGGGUGUCUGUGUAACUAAGGGAGAUAAGAAUGUGCUCACUGAGGUUUAUGGAGCGGUUCAACCUGGACAGAUCAUGGCUGUCAUGGGACCAAGUGGAGGUGGGAAGACAACUCUUAUGAAUUGUUUAUCAGGAAGAGCACCAGUUACAUCAGGGACAAUAACUCUGAAUGGACAAACUCUGAACAAACAGUUGAGCAGAAAAAUUUGCUAUGUUCUCCAGCAAGAUGCCUUCUUUCCAAACUUGACUCUCUUGGAAACAUUGAUGUUUACAGCAAUGAUCAGGUUGCCAGAUGGGAUGCCAGUGCAGGAGAAAGUUGACAAGUUACAGGCACUGAUCGAUGCCUUAGAUCUACGCAGAUGUGUAAAUACAGUUAUGGGAGGUAUGUGGAAGCCUGGACUGUCAGGUGGUGAGACCAAGCGAGCCAGCAUUGCCUGUGAGCUCAUCACAGAUCCUACAAUUAUUCUGCUUGAUGAACCAACGUCAGGUUUAGAUUACAAGACAGCAUUUAGUUUGAUACGUACAUUGAAGAAUUAUGCCAGUGAUCAUGGGAAGACAGUGAUAUCAACUUUACAUCAACCUUCUAGUCAGAUGUUCCACAUGUUUGAUCUACUACUGCUCAUGUGUGAGGGACAUAGUGUGUAUUAUGGGUCACCAGGUGAUGUCACACAGUUCUUCGCUGCUGCAGGGUUUCCUAUGGCACAACAUUACAAUCCUGCUGAUUUUAUUUUGGAGAAGAUUAAAGAGAGCAAAGAAACACAGGAGAAAAUCAUCAAGGCUUCCUAUGAAACAAGAAAAGUUGGUUUGACUAGCAGGUCCUAUGAAGAUGACCUAAAUAUUGAUAAUGACCUUGAUAUCGAAGGUAAAACAAAGGUCAGAAUGUGGAACAAGUUACCAUGGAAACAGAUAAGGAAAAAGAAAAUAAAUAAAAAAAAUGACACAGAUGUUGUUCAUGUAAGCCUGAUGGAUCUGGACAAGGAUGAGCUAUCUCCUGUACCAGACCAGAACUGGCCAACUGGAUUCCUGACACAGUACAAGUACCUGACAGUACGGGCAUUUAGACAAGCCAAAACGAGACUGGUUGACAAGUUCAAGAUCUUUGAGACUGUGUUUCUGUGUGUGUUGCUCAGUCUGAUCUGGUUCCAGUUACCUAGGUCAGAAGACACUCUCAGGGAUAGAAUGGGUUUGAUUUUCUACAUAUCAAUGCAUUGGGGCUUCACACCUUUGUUUGAUGCUGUUACAACAUUUCCUAUGGAGAAGGUUGUAAUAUACAAGGAGCGAGCCUCGGGCUGGUAUCGCUUGUCCGCAUACUAUCUUGCCAAGAUGACGAGCGAGCUUCCGGUCAUUCUCAUCCAGCCAUUGUUAUUCCUCACUGUGGUUUACUGGGUAACUGGUCUCAAUAAUGUCUCUUCAUUCUUUGCUACAAUUGGAACAAUAUUUGUACAUUCUAUAGCAGGUCAGAGUAUAGGCCUGUGUAUUGGUAUAUUUGCAAUGGAUAUGAGACGUGGGAUUUCCUGGGCAACAGUAGCCAUCAUGUUCAUAAUGCUUAGUGGUGGAUUUUACACUAGAAACUUGCCAUUUUGGUUGGACUGGGCUAAGUAUCUUGCAUUCCUACAUUAUACGUUCAGUUGUUUGAUGUUCCUUGAAUUUCAUGACGGUGAAGAUGUUAUAUGUGCAAAAAUUACCAGUUCUUCACGGUCCAAUUUUCCGUCUUGCUUGUCAGACUUGCCUAGAAACAUUACUCUGUCACCUAGCAACAACACAGCUUCAUUACCAACAAUCCCUUCACAGGAAGUACUAUUGUAUUAUGGGAUAGAUCAACCAUUUUGGCAUUACUUUUUGCCCUUGUUUGCAUUUCUCAUUGUGUUCAGAAUACUAGGAUAUGUACUCCUUAGAUUUUAUCAGAAACCACAUUAGGUACUGGAAGGUAAUAUUAAUGUCCAAAGCCGUUUAUUUUUAUGCCCCCGAAGGGAGGCAUAUAGUUUUGAACCGUCUGUCUGUCUGUCGGUCUGUCCGCAAUUUUCGUGUCCGGUCCAUAUCUUUGUAAUCGAUGGAUGGAUUUUCAAAUAACUUGGCAUGAAUGUGUACCACAGUAGGACGACAUGUCGCGCACAAGACCCAGGUCCGUAGCUAAAAGGUCAAGGUCACACUUAGACAUUAAAGGAUAGUGCAUUGAUGGGCGUGUCCGGUCCAUAUCUUUGUCAUCGAUGGAUGGAUUUUCAAAUAACUUUGCAUAAAUGUGUACCACAGUAAGACGACGUGUCGCGCAAGACCCAGGUUUGUAGCUCAAAGGUCAAGGUCACACUUAGACGUUAAAAGAUAGUGCAUUGAUGGGCGUGUCCGGUCCAUAUCUUUGUCAUCCAUGGAUGGAUUUUCUAAUAACUUGGCAUGAAUAUGUACCACAGUAAGACGACGUGUCGCACACAAGACCCAGGUCCGUAGCUCAAAGGUCAAGGUCACACUUAGAUGUUAAAGGUCAUUCUUCAUGAUAGUGCAUUGAUGGGCGUGUCCGGUCCAUAUCUUUGUCAUUCAUGCAUGGAUUUUAAAAUUACUACGCAUGAAUGUGUGACAGAGUAAGACGACGUGUCGCGCGCAAGACCCAGUUCUGUAGGUCAAAGGUCCUAAACUCUAACAUCGGCUAUAACUAUAUAUUCAUUCAAAGUGCCAUCGGGGGCAUGUGUCAUCCUAUGGAGACAGCUCUUGUUUGUUUAGCUCACAUGUCACAAAGUGACAGUGUGAGCUUUUGUGAUCGUGCAGCGUCCGUCGUCCGUCCGUGCGUCCGUCCGUGCGUCCGUGCGUAAACUUUUGCUUGUGACCUCUCUAGAGGUCACAUUUUUCAUGGGAUCUUUAUGAAAGUUGGUCAGAAUGUUCUUCUUGAUGAUAUCUAGGUCAAGUUCGAAACUGGGUCACGUGCGGUCAAAAACUAGGUCAGUAGGUCUAAAAAUAGAAAAACCUUGUGACCUCUCUAGAGGCCAUAUUUUUCACAUGAUCUUCAUGAAAAUUGGUCAGAAUGUUCAUCUUGAUGAUAUCUAGGUCAAGUUCCAAACUGGGUCACGUGCCUCCAAAAACUAGGUCAGUAGGUCAAAUAAUAGAAAAACCUUGUGACCUCUCUAGAGGCCAUAAUUUUCAUGGGAUCUGUAUGAAAGUUGGUCUGAAUAUUCGUCUUGAUGAUAUCUAGGUCAAGUUCGAAACUGGGUCAGCUGCGGGCAAAAACUAGGUCAUUUGGUCUAAAAAUAGAAAAACCUUGUGACCUCUGUAGAGGUCAUACUUUUGAAUGGAUCUUCAUGAAAAUUGGUCAGAAUGUUCACCUUGAUGAUAUCUAGGUCAAGUUUGAAACUGGGUCACGUGCCAUCAAUAACUAGGUCAGUAGGUCAAAUAAUAAAAAAACCUUGUGACCUCUCUAGAAGCCAUAUUUUUCAUGGGAUCUUUAUGAAAGUUGGUCAGAAUGUUCAUCUGGAUGAUAAAUAGGUCAGAUUUGAAACUGGGUCACGUGCGGUCAAAAACUAGGUCAGUAGGUCUAAAAAUAGAAAAACCUUGUGACCUCUCUAGAGGCCAUAUUUUUCACAUGAUCUUCAUGAAAAUUGGUCAGAAUGUUCAUCUUGAUGAUAUCUAGGUCAAGUUCGAAACUGGGUCACGUGCCUUCAAAAACUAGGUCAGUAGGUCAAAUAAUAGAAAAACCUUGUGACCUCUCUAGAGGCCAUACUUUUGAAUGGAUCUUCAUGAAAAUUGGUCAGAAUGUUCAUCUUGAUGAUGUCUAGGUCAGGUUCGAAACUGGGUCACGUACCAUCAAUAACUAGGUCAGUAGGUCAAAUAAUGAAAAAACAUUGUGACCUCUCUAGAGGCCAUAUUUUUCAUGGGAUCUGUAUGAAAGUUGGUCUGAAUGUUCAUCUUGAUGAUAUCUAGAUCAAUUUCGAAACUGGGUCAGCUGCGGUCAAAAACUAGGUCAUUAGGUCUAAAAAUAGAAAAGCUUGUGACCUCUCUAGAGGCCAUACUUUUGAGUGGAUCUUCAUGAAAAUUGGUCAGAAUGUUCAUCUUGAUGAUAUCUAGGUCAAGUUUGAAACUGGGUCACGUGCCAUCAAUAACUAGGUCAGUAGGUCAAAUAAUGAAAAAACCUUGUGACCUCUCUAGAGGCCAUAUUUUUCAUGGGAUCUGUAUGAAAGUUGGUCUGAAUGUUCAUAUUGAUGAUAUCUAGGUCAGAUUCAAAACUGGGUCACAUGAGCUCAAAAACUAGGUCACUAUGUCAAAUAAUAGAAAAAAAACGACGUCAUACUCAGUUCAAAACUGGGUCAUGUUGGGACAGGUGAGCGAUUCAGGACCAUCAUGGUCCUCUUGUAUUUCUAUAUUUCUAAAGAGUCAUAAAAAAAAUGUUUCUCCUGCUCAUAGAAUUUGUGUUUGGAAGGAAGAUGAUUUUAAUAUGCCCUUUCGAAGAACAUGUCAGUCAUGCCUUGUGAGAAACAUUGAAUUCAUCCUUGGUAGCAUGAUUAACCUUAUGAAGUAGAUGGCCCCUAUUGUUUCGGGGGUCAAUAGCUCAAAGAUCAAGGUCACUGGGGCUUGAACCUUGAAAACGGUUCCAACUAAAUAACUUGAGAACCACUUGACCCAGAACCUUCAAACUUGAUAGCAAGAUUGAGCUUUUGAAGUUGAUGAUCCCUAUUGUGUUAUGAGUUCAAUACGUCAACGGUCAAGGUCACAGGGGCCUGAACCUUGUUAAUGGUUUCAGCUCAGUAACUUGAGUACCACUUGAUCCAGAACCUUCAAAUUUGAUAGCAUGAUUGGGCUUAUAAAGUAGAUGACCCCUGUAAUCAUUUUGUCAAUAGGUCAAAGAUUAGGGUCACACGGACCUAAAUAUUGAAAAAUAUUUCUGAAUGGUAACUUGAGAACCACUUGACCCAGAACCUUCGAACUUGAUAGCAUGAUUGGGCUUGUGAAUUUGAAGUAAAGAAGCAGGGACGUGUUGCUUUGCACAUGUCAGUUAGUUGCUAUUGUCAUGUUCGGGCUGAUUCAACUGCAGUAACCACUUGCCAGCCUGUAGGUGCACUUGCAUAUUUUCCAAACAUCUUUUGUAAGAUCAGUGGAUCAAGGUCAAGGUCACCUUGAACAUCAGAAUGGUUUCUAGUUAAUUGCUUGUUAUUUCUUUGUCACCCCCAUUACUGACUGACCAUGAAGUGGGGCAUGCAUGUUCUAAGAAUAUCCCUCUUUAUGGUUUAAUGCCAGAAUAAGGUGUGAAAACUGCUAUUUAACUAUAAAGAGGUAGUAAAAUAAAGUCAUUAGUGGCAGGUUUGAGGUAUAUAAUUUUAGUUGAGAAUACUCUCAAAGGUGAAAAAAGUAAAAAGUUUUGUUUUAAAGAUUAUUCACUUAAUGAUUGAGGUAUAAAGUAUACAGACAACAUUACAAUUAGUAAUGAACAGUGAUAAUGAUUGUUUGCACCCUUGAUUACAAACAAGUACAAAUAUGUAACUAGUUUUGUUAUAUGAGUAAUUCCUGUUGCAAAUACAAUCAUUUUGCUUUCUGUUGUUGUAAUUACUACAUAAGUAAUUUCAUAUGAAAAUAUAAUAUGUAAAACUAAUGCUCAAGGUUGUGUAGGAGUUCAUUUCUGUUUUUAAGGAUACAAGACAUGUCCCUUUUUAACAUAGAAACCUUAUGAAUGUUUUGUAUGUAAGCAUGUUUCUCAGAACUUAAAUUUUUUUUUCAAAUUCUGUUGACAUCUUUCGCAUCAUGAGGUCACCUCCUGUGCCAGGGUUUAUAACUCGGGCAUACAUUUUGUAAAAAAUAUGCCACUUUUUCAACUUAGAAAUUUUGGUGAGAGUUUUGCAGGUUUUUUAUGAACAAUUUUACUGAAAGCUACAAGUUCUUCAUAAGUUUUUUACAACAUGAUGUGACCUUUCUGAGCCAGGUUACAUAUCUACAACAUACAGUUUACAAAAUCAUACACCAUUUUUAGCUCGCCUGUCACAAAGUGACAGGGUGAGCUAUUGUGACCGCUUGAUGUCCGUCGUCCGUCAACAAUUUCUAAAAAAAUCUUCUUGAAAACCACUGGGCAGAAUUACACCAAACUUCACAGGAAUGAUCCUUGGAUGGCCCCCUUUCAAAAUUAUUCAAAGAAUUGAAUUCCAUGCAGAACUCUGGUUGCCAUGGCAACUUAAAGGAAAAACUUAAAAAAUCUGCUUGUCCCAAACCACAGGGCCUAGGGCUUUGAUAUCUGGUGUGUAGCAUCAUCUAGUGGUCCUCUACCAAAAUUGUUCAAAUUAUCCCCCUAGGGUCAAAUAUGGCCCCGCCCCGGGGGUCACAUGGUUUAUAUGGACUUAUAUAGGGAAAACUUUGAAAAUCUUCUUGUACAAAACCACAUGGCCUAGGGCUUUGAUAUUUGGUAUGUAGCAUCAUCUAGAGGUCCUCUACCAAGAUUAUUUCAAAUUAUCCCUCUAGGGUCAAAUAUGGCCCCGUCCUGGGGGUCCCAAGUUUAACAUAGACUUAUGUAGGACUAAAAGUUUAAAAAUCUUCUUGUCUGAAACCACAACACUUAGACCUUUGAUAUUUUGUUUGUAGCAUUGUCUUAUGGUCCUCAACCAAAAUUGUUCAAAUUGUACCCCUUGGGUGAAAUGAGGCCCUGCCCUGGGGGUCCCAAGUUGUAUAUAGACUUAUUUAGGAAAAAUCUUCUUGUCUGAAACCAUAUGACCUAGGCUUUUGAUAUUUGGUAUGAUGCAUUGUCUAGUAGUCCUCUAUCAAAAUUAUUCAAAUUAUGCCCCUGGGGUUAAAAGAGGCCCCGCCCUGGGGUCACUUAGUUAUUAUGUGAGAUAUAUAGGAAAAAAUACUAAAAAUCAUCUGAUCCUAUUUCCAAGACUGUUUAAUUAUAAGUACCUGAUAACCCCAAGUAAUAUGUUGUCACUUGACUGUGACCUUGACCUACUGACCUACUUUCUUGUUUUUUUAAGAUACAGCCUUGAAAUUUUGAUGACAUAAACAGUUUUGCACACCAAGCGUAAAACUGAAUUUCAUUGACCAUGAAUGUGACAUACUGCUUUUCUUAAUAUUUUAUCAUCAGUUUGACAUUUGAAACAUGUAGCUCAUAUUACUCAGGUGAGCGAUCCAGGGUCAUAAUGACCCUCUUGUUAUUUUCUGUAAAGCUUUUGAGUGAGCCGUUAUAACAUAAUGUUUUGGUUAUGAUAUUGUUGUAUAUGUAUCAGUUCUAGAUGUUCUACUUUAGUAUGGAUUUUACUUGUACUUACUUGUUUUUUUUGCUUGCAUUUUCUUGUUGUUUUUUUUGCUUGUAUUUACUUGUUUCUCACUUGUAUUUCCUAUUUUUGCUUGCAUUUACUUGCUUUUCAUACGCCCGUCUCUGAAAGAGCGGGUUGUAUUAUGUGAACCCUUGGUGGGCGGCAGGCGGGCAGGCGGCGUCCAAAAGCAUCUCUGCUCUCUAACAGUUUUUAUCUGAUCUUCACCAAAUGUGUUGACAAUGUUUGUGGGCAUAAUAUCUCGGUAAAGUUAGAUAACCAGCAAAAUCGCCUCAGGCAGUCCUGGAUUAUGGCCCUUGAAUUACUCGAAAAACUGCGAAUUUAGCCUUGUCUGCUUUCUAAGCCGAACAGUUUUCAUCCAUUGUUCACCAAACCUGCCGACAAUGUUUGUGGGCAUAAUACUGUGAAAUAAUUUUUAUUCGCGUAGCACAAAUUUUUGCGUAUUUCGCGCUAGGACCGAUGCGCGAAUUCAAGACCGCGCUAUUAUUUUUUAAAAUUUAUUUUUUCAUUUAUAAAUUGAAAAUGCGCGAAUUAAAGCCCGCGUGAAACAGUCCUUUUUCAUGUUUGCGCGAAAUUUCAUGCCAGCAAAUUCAAAUGAUUUCACAGUAUCUUGGCCAAGUUCGUUAAUCAGCCAAAUCACCCCAGGCACUCUUGGAUUAUGGUCCUUGAAUUAGGCCAAGUUCGAUGAUGGGCGUAUUUUGUGACAGUCUGGCGCUCUUGUUUUAAUUGUUUUUACCGGUCUGUCGCUCUUGUUUUAAUUGUAUUUACUGAUACUUGUUGUUUUUAACUUGUAUUUACUUGUUUUUAAGGAAUACUCCAGUAUUUAAGAUUUUGUUGUAUUUGUACUCAAGAUUUUUAAAUAUUUUUCUGUUGUUUUACUCUUGUUACUGGUAUGAUGUUUUGAAUCUACCUCAAAUUUGAUACGGGUAAUAUACAUUUAAUACUGAUGCAAUGUUGUAAGGAUACUCAGGUGUUGUUGUACAAAGGUGAUAGAUUGUUUUUACCUAUGACCAAAGUACUUUGAUGGCUGUUUAGGGUUUCAUAUACUACUAUCAGUAUGGGGGUUACACUUUUGAAUUACAAUGUGGACAACCACUGCACUAGAAUUUGUGUGUGGAAUAGUUGAAAAAAUUUGUAUGAAAAUCAACAGCCGAACACCUACACUAAUUAUUUUGAUAUCUUAUAUAUAUUGUACAUACCAAAGACAUUUUAUGCUCAAUUAUGCCAGCUGUUUGAUCUUGAAAAAUAAUUCCGACAUCCACAUCCCAUAGAUACAACAAUUAUAACCUAUACACGUUUUGAAACUACUUUCACAGACAUAAUCCUGAUCAAAAAAAGGUUAUAUGUUUGACCCUUUUCAUUGUACACUUUUUUUCUAAUGAAACAAGGAUGUACUUUCAGGCUUACAACACACUUUUAUAUGCUGCAUUGUGUACACAAAAUGAGUAUAUUCAGCUAGAAACUACUUAGGAAACAAAACUGGGAACCUUUGUAAACAGAUUUUUUUUCAGUUUUCUAUUUUGAACCUCCAUAUUUUCUUUUUAGGAUGUCCAGAUGCUAAGCUUUAAGGGAAAAUAUAAUGCAUGUAAUAUGACUUAUGAUGAAUUUUAACAAGAUGAAAUAAAAUGUAUAGGUAUGUGUAACAAAAUUUGAGACCAGUCCCAGAUAUCAACAUUGCUAUUGGCCAAUUUCAAGAUGUUUGCCAGAAAUAGCCAAUCAGAUGCAAGAGUUUUGAGACUGGUCUUCAAACUCAGUAUUUCGCACACUAGAAGCAAUUGUUCAGGAUGAGCUUAUAGUUUAGGUGGAUGGUUUUGAUGUUCAUUGUCCAUCUUCUAUCAUCCACCAUCAACAUCUUUGCUUAAACACCUCUGAAACUUCAGAUAAGAAUUAUGUCCAACUUGGUCUGUAGUGUCCUGGCAUGGACUUCUCAAUGUUAAGCUUGACUACAUUAAGGAGUUACGAUGCUUAAAAUUGGAAAAAUAAUGACUGUUUCUCAUGAAUUGCUGAAGGAUAUUUACCAAACAUGGUCUUUAGCUACCUUGUAUUAACUUUUCUCAGAUUUACUUGUAUAGUUCAAUUUAAAUGCAGUAAGUGGCCACCAGAACUGAAAAAGGAAAGCAAGGUCAAUGAGAGGCGAACAACUUAGGUCUUUCAUUUCUGUCUUGUAUUGUAUUUUACUCAUGAUUGUAACAACUGGUAUUGUGUUCUGUAUCUACAGUCAGUUCGAAUUGGGUAGUACCCAAAAUGAAACUGCUAACAUAUUUGUAUGAGUUUAAACUGUUGUGCUAUAUUCAGGAUACUGGUGUGAUUGUUUGCCUUUUACCAUUAUCUUGUUAUUAUAUACGAAAGAUACUACUGUUUGAUCCUACAAUUCUGUAACACUUUUUUCUCCUGUGGUCAUUGGAAAUUGCAAAAAUCCAUCUUUUCAAAAUGUUCCAAAAUGCUGACAUGAUUUAUGUUGCAUUUAUGCUAAUAAAGAUGUCCAUAAAGUUUUGUAAGAAAUCUAGUCAAAGUUGCUAUUGAAAUGUUAGGUUUCCAAAAUGGCUGAAAUUUACCAUGCAAACAUAUUUAAUGAGAAGUGAUUUCUUAGAUUUAUUUAAGACUAUUUAAGAUUAAGUUCCCAUUACCAUCCUUUCAGUGUUCAUAAAGACUUUUGUAGUAUCAAUACUUUAAUCAAGUAUUUAAAAUGAAAUGUUUACUGAUAUUGAUAGCCAAUCAGAUGCCAAAAUACUUUUUCAUAAUUUUGUACCCCCCAACAAGUAGGUCCUCUCAAGAAAAGAAAGGAUCUAAACCCUGCUUGAAAUAAAUUUUACAAGCAAUUAGUAGUGAAAUGAAAUGAUUUUCAGCAGGCCAUAGAAAUUGUUUACUUGCCUAAAGUUUGAAAUGGUAUUUUGCAGCAGUGUUCAAGCUUGAAUGUAAUCAAACUUCUAACUUAAUGUCUAUCUCUGAUUCAGUCAUGAACAAGUUAAUUUGAUUGGUCUUAAUAAAUAAUUAUGUCCAAGUUUCCGACCAAUAAAAUUGAAUGUGUUACCAAGAUUUUUUAAAGUGUUUCACCCCUGGAACCUGAUUCUAUGGUUACAAAACUUGAGUUUGUAGACCAGUCUCUGAUUCGUUGUUUCGGAGUUUGAAAUUAAAAUUGACCAAUGGUAAGGUUGCAUUAUGAGACUGGUCUCUGAGCUAGGUUUUAUAACCAUGCAAUUUCUUAUUUUGUACGAGAUUGAUAUAUGAAAGCAUAUCAUUUUAUAUACUCAGAUUGUUUAUGUAUAACAACUAUAUUGCUGAUAAUUUCUUUUAUUUUCACAUUUAUUGUACUCAAAUGAAAGUGUCCUUUAAUAAAUUGUUUAAAAAAUGUGAAGAAUGGUAAUGAUUCUUUUAUGUUGUAUACCCCACCAGGUUGGCAUAGAAGAUA